UUACGGUCUGCGCAGCCCUGUCUCGCCAUCUUUCUUUUUCGGUAGAUCCGCAAACAAGUGACAAGAGCACGCCAAUAUGCAGCUUUUCGUACGUGGUUUGGAAAAUAUUGAAGCCUAUGAGGUAUGCCAAGAUGCUACCAUCGCUGGUGUUAAGACUCAAAUAGCUCAGCUGCACGGCAUGAACGCCGAGGACAUCAGCCUCAACUGCGAGGGUACUACGUUGACCAACGAGACACCCGUCACCGCGCUGAGCUCAUUCGAGUUGGACAUCAACAUCCCCUUGUUGGGUGGUAAGGUGCACGGCUCUUUGGCGCGCGCUGGCAAAGUCAAGGGACAGACCCCUAAGGUUGAGAAACAGGAGAAGAAAAAGAAGAAGACCGGCCGCGCUAAGCGCAGGAUCCAGUACAAUCGCCGUUUCGUGAACAUUGUGCAAGGCUUCGGUCGCCGCCGUGGCCCCAACGCUAACUCGACAUAAAGUAUACCUAUCGUGUAAUGGAUGAACAUGUAAAGUCGCGCUUUUUUAUUGAAAAAUGUUCAUAAUAGAAAUUUCCAACAAUUAAACACAACUUAUUUCAUAAA